UCAGUUUCCUCCUCCUCCUCGUCCUCGGCCGCCGCCGCUGGGCUCCCUGGCGAGGCCGCAGGCACCCACGAGGGCACGGGCAGGGGGGCUCCCCGCGGCUGGCCUGGCGGGUGUGGAGCGUCGGUAGGAGCUGGGCGCGCACGGUUACCGCGCGUGGAGGAGACACUGCCCUGCGGCGAUGGGUGCCAGGGGCGCUCCUUCACGCCGGAGGCAGGCGGGCCGGCGGCCGCGGUACCUGCCCACCGGGAGCUUUCCGUUUCUGCUCCUUCUGCUGCUUCUCUGCAUCCAGCACGGCGGAGGACAGAAGAAAAAGGAGAAUCUUUUGACCGAAAAAGUAGAACAGCUGAUGGAAUGGAGUUCCAGGCGCUCCAUCUUCCGAAUGAAUGGUGACAAAUUCCGAAAAUUUAUCAAGGCGCCACCUCGAAACUACUCGAUGAUCGUUAUGUUCACUGCUCUUCAGCCUCAGCGGCAGUGCUCUGUGUGCAGGCAAGCCAAUGAGGAAUAUCAGAUCCUGGCUAACUCCUGGCGCUAUUCGUCUGCGUUCUGUAACAAACUCUUCUUCAGUAUGGUGGACUAUGACGAGGGAACAGACGUUUUUCAACAGCUCAACAUGAAUUCUGCUCCUACAUUCAUGCAUUUUCCUCCAAAAGGCAGACCCAAGAGAGCUGAUACUUUUGACCUUCAAAGAAUUGGAUUUGCAGCUGAACAACUAGCCAAGUGGAUUGCUGACAGGACGGAUGUUCAUAUUCGCGUCUUCAGACCACCCAACUACUCGGGCACCAUUGCCCUGGCCCUGUUAGUCUCACUUGUUGGCGGUUUGCUCUAUUUAAGAAGGAACAACCUGGAGUUCAUCUAUAACAAGACUGGUUGGGCCAUGGUAUCUCUGUGUAUAGUCUUUGCUAUGACUUCUGGCCAGAUGUGGAAUCACAUCCGUGGACCUCCAUAUGCUCAUAAAAACCCGCACAAUGGACAAGUGAGCUACAUUCAUGGAAGCAGCCAGGCCCAAUUCGUGGCAGAGUCACACAUUAUUCUGGUACUAAAUGCUGCUAUCACCAUGGGGAUGGUUCUUCUAAAUGAAGCAGCAACAUCCAAAGGAGAUGUUGGGAAAAGACGGAUCAUUUGUCUGGUGGGAUUGGGCCUGGUGGUCUUCUUCUUCAGUUUUCUACUUUCCAUAUUUCGUUCCAAGUACCACGGCUACCCUUACAGCUUUUUAAUUAAAUGAAGCCAAGUGGGAUUUGCAUAAAGUGAAUGUUUACCAUGAAGAUAAAGUGUUCCUGACAUACUGGUUUGAAUUCUUGAGUUCAUUUCCUUGCUCACUGUGAUAAUCCAGCUUAUUCCUGUAUCAUUUUUUAAAAUGUAAGUUUUUCUGGGAAACUUAAUGUAUAGAAGUGAAUGGUUGAAUUUAAUAUGGAAAGAACAGAGGAAACACUGAAGUGUUUUUCAAGCUUAUUAUAUUCAGUGUGUAUGCUACAGGACUGAAAUAAAUGACAGUGUAAUUAUGAAUUCAUGUUUUAAAACUGUUCUCUCUCCAUUAUUAAAGAAAACUACAAUGUUAGUAAGGGAAACCUAUGAAAUGUAUCUUCAGCAAUUCUUGAGGCUGUACAGAGUUAAGGUGUAUGCAUGAAAAUAUGUCAUGUACUGAACAAUUAUACCUACUGCAGUUUCAGUAUAAAGGACGUGUAUGGUUACAAAUAGUGUUUUGUUCUUAUUGAUGGUAACCAGAUAACAGAGACAGGACAGGAGCUGGAUGCACAGUGCUUGGAUGCCUGCCCUGGGAAACAGAGGUUCUUCCCAGGAUGUAAAUCUAAAGCUAGCGUGACUAAAUCAAGAUACUUCAAAGGCGUCAGGCAAAGGAAGUGACACACCACAACUAGGAAUUACAUUCUCCCACUUUGCAAUUGUCACCCAAGAAUCCAGAUGUACAAACCACAGAACUAACCCGCUACGGCCAUUUCCCUCUUGUGUUUUAUGGAAGAAGCUUGCCAUCAAAACCUUAUUCCCUGAAUCUAGAAAGAGAUUAGUUAUCCUAAUAUGAGCAAGUGACUCAGUGAAGCUUUCUUGAAAAAUCAAAUACAGGAGUAUAACCACUAUUAUGUUUGUAUAUCCUGUUUUAGUUUAUGUAGCAUUUGCCCAUACAUUAUGGUAUUUUUUCUGAACAACAAUCUGUAAAUUAGAUGGAAAUUUUGAUAGGAAAUGUAAAUUUCUCUGACUUACUCGAGUACCAGAAUAUGAAACCAAAAAACACAAUGGAGCUUGUAACUGGGCUUUCAGACUCUCAAACCUGAAUUUUUAUUGUUUGUGGUGCUAAGGAGGAUUUAGAAACACAGCUAUUUAAUCAGCUCGAUUAAUUUUUUUUAGGCUUUGUUGUCUAAUUUUCAUUAAGAUCGGAGUAAGAGACCAUGAGAACCUAGCUGAGAGUUCCAGCUGUAUCGUCUCAGAACAGGAACCAGCUGUAUAUCCACUGCGUUUACCCAUUUUGCACCUAGGAAAUUCACUAAAGAAAGAAAUAUAAAAGCCCACAGGGGCAUGUGAAGUUAAAUCCCAGGGCAGUGUGUGUGCUGGUGGGAAGCUGUCUUUUCAAAACAUGAUUAUAUUCAGCAAAAAUUGCCAGGUAAUUCUUAACUAUGUUAACCUUAUCACAUUUACAGUUAUUAAUAAUCACAUUAAUUCCCCUAGUUUCUGUUCAAAGAUUGAUGACUUUAGUACUGGAAUGGCAUUUAUGGAAAAGCAGUAAGUGAUCAUAAGAAUUCGUUUAAUGCCUAACCUAUGUAGCAUUUCAACCAUAAAACCUUAAUCUAUUGCAUAUUUUUACAUUUUCUCAAGUUCACUCAGAACAAAUAAUAAAAUUGGAGUUUGGGGCCAAAUUUUA